UGACAGCCUGUGACUGUGACAGUUCAUCAAACUCCCGGAGAAAUUCCACUGUAUUUUUUCAGUCUUUUUGGGAAAAAGGAUGAUUUUUCCUGUGAAUUAACCACGCAUCAAGUCCUAAAUCAGCCCUUUAAUGUGCAUAUUGUGCAAGUGUGUGCAGUGGGGGAGAUAUUGUGCUAAAAGCUUACAGUUUUAGUGUAGUUUUGGAGGUGAUAAAAGUGCAUUUUAGAAGAAAGUGACUGCAGGACAACAAAAAUGAACUCAGCACCGUCUACGGAGCAGGUUUAUCAGGGCGUCUAUGCCUUCUACAACAAUUCCAACACCCUGGAGCAACAGAAGGCAUCACAGUGGCUCAACGAAUUGCAGAAAUCGGUCUACUCAUGGAGAAUAGCUGAUGAGCUACUCCAGCAGAAGCGUGAUCUUCAAUCGUGUUACUUUGCUGCUCAGACAAUUCGAAGUAAAAUCCAGAAUUCCUUCCAUGAACUCCCGGCGUCGGCUCAUGAGAGCCUCCGGGAGUCUCUUAUAAGCUACAUCAGUCAGAUAACAGUGGAGACUGAUCCGGUGAUUGUCACUCAAUUAUGCCUGGCAAUCUCCGAUCUGGCCUUGCUGGUGUCCACGUGGCGAAAUCCAGUGUUGACGCUGAUAGAACGAUUUUCCACCAGCCAGGAGAAUGUCUGGCCCCUGCUGGUCAUCCUUACGUUGAUUCCCGAAGAGAUAAAUUCACGCUACCUGCGUUUGGGGGCUAAUCGUCGGGAGGAGAUUCACAGGGAUCUCAAAACAGAUUCCCGGACAGUUUUGGAAUUCAUGAUGGCAUGCCUGCAGACAGGUGGUCACGAUCCUGCCACCCAGAAGCGUGUUAUCAAGUGCUUUACAUCGUGGCUCAGCAUCCAUGCAAUUGAGCUUUGUGAUAUAGCCGACAAUGCCAUCGUGGGCCUCGCCUUUCGGCUCCUGCACAACAAUGACACUUGCGUGCAGCUGCAUGAAGCAGCAGCGGAUUUUGUCUGUACGCUGCUGCAGUGCUUCGAGGGCAACAAUGCAGCGCCGCCGGUGUUGCAAGUGCAGAUCUUCAAUGCUGUCAUGGCACUCGAGGAGGCCUACAAUAUGUCCGUGGCACAGGAAGCUAUCGACAAGACGGUCAAUUUCUGUCGUAUCUUCACGGUCCUCGCGGAGUCCUUCCUGGAACAGAUGCUGAACAGCAGUACAGCCUCUGAGCCGCAUUACACCAUCAAGUCGCUGGAUCUCGUGCUCAAUUGCGUCGGGCACUAUGACUACGAAGUGGCUGAGAUCACCUUCAAUCUCUGGUUCCGGCUCAGUGAGGAACUCUACAAUCGCAGCAACGACAACCUUUCGGAUCAUUUUAAGCCUCACUUUGAGCGUUUGAUUGGUGCUAUGUUGCGCCAUUCGCAGAUGGAGCCAGAUCACGAGGGUCUGAUCGAAGAAGGUGAUCUCUUUAUGGAUUUCCGACGCAAAGUAGCUGAAUUGACCAAGGAUGUGGUGUUCAUUGUGGGCUCCAUCAAUUGCUUCAAGCAGAUGUUCUUCUCCCUCCAGGAUCCAGCUGUUACGUGGGAGAGCAGUGAAGCUGCUCUCUUUCUCAUGUCCACCGUGGCUAAGAAUAUUCUCACGGAUGAGAAUGAUGUGGUGCCGAAGGUGGUGGAGGCGAUACUCAAUCUCCCCGAGAACACUCACAUUGCCGUCCGGUAUACGUCGGUUCUGCUCCUUGGAGAGCUGUCAGAGUGGAUUGAAUGCCACCCUCAGUCCCUCCAAGCUGUCCUCAAUUUCCUCCUGUAUUCCCUGCAGCACAAAUCUGGUCUGCCAUCAGCUGCUGCAACUGCCCUUCAGUCGAUAUGUUCGGCCUGUCGCGAUCACAUGACGUGCCACGUGGCUGGCCUGCUGCAGAUUGCAGGGAGCCUUGAUAGCUUUGAGAUUAGCAAUGAUUCGGUGAUUGGUUUGUUGAAGGGGAUCUGUGUGAUUCUGUCGCGUCUACCGUGCGAGGAGAUGACAAAGAGUGUGAAGGAGAUUUGCAGUAUUCAGUUGACGCCUCUGUGUCAGCUGCUGGAGUGCGACGUGAAGCCAGAACGGGGCAAGAGGUCCGAUCCGGUGUUCUGGAUCGAUCGUCUGGCGGCUAUUUUGCGGCAUUGCAAUCCGACUGUGAGGGAGAGUGAGAUUCAUCCGAUGCUGAGUAUCCUGGAGGAGAUUUGGCCGGUGAUGAGUAGUGUUUUUGUCAAGUAUCAGGCUGACCUGAGGAUCAUGGAGAGGACAUGUCGAUUUGUUCGCUAUGCCAUCAGAUGUGUAGGCAAACAGGCUACGCCCAUUCUCGAGCCACUCGUGAAGCAAAUGGUUCAUCUCUAUGCCAUCUAUCAACACACCUGCUUCCUCUAUCUAGGCAGUAUUCUUGUGGAUGAAUUCGCAAAAAAUUCUUCCUGCACCAAGGGACUUUUGGAUAUGCUUCAGGCAUUUAUUGAGCCAACAUUUCAAUUACUCCAAGUGGAAAAUGGCCUGCGAAAUCAUCCGGAUACCGUUGAUGAUUUCUUCCGUCUCUGCGUUCGCUACCUUCAGCGAUCACCCGUGGAAUUUCUGCAGAGUCCCAUGAUCACGCCCAUUAUUCAGUGUGCCCUGCUGGCGUGUUCCUUGGAUCACCAUGAUGCCAACAUAUCCGUAAUGAAGUUCUUCAGCAAUCUCCUGCAAUGUGGGCGGCAAGAGGAGAGUGAAGUUAUGCGAAUGCUCACGCGAGACAUUAUAACGGCCAAUGGGGAGGCGUUGAUGAUGAAUCUGGUGCAUGCAUCGGUCUUCUGUUUGCAGUGUCAUCGGUUGUCGGAUGUAGCAGAUGUUAUGGUGGAGCUGAAGGCGGUGGAUGAGGAGAGAUUUAGUAUCUUCCUCACGAGCGCUCUCAAUGCGCUACCGAAAAAAAACAGCGGAGGCGCUGUCACAAUGACAGAGGCACAGUUGAAGGAUUCGCACCAAUUGAUAACGGGAUCUGAAACCCCUAAAGCAGUGACGCAUGCUUUACGAGAUUUCGUAAAACUUUAUCGAUAAUUGAGGUAGAAAUUCUCAAUAACAAUUAGAAAAAAUGCAAAUUUAAAAGUGAAUGUCAAAGAAUAAUUGAGGAGAAAGAAAUUGAAUGUUUUUGAGUAGAUUUCCCUGCUCAGAAUAUUGUGGAGUAAACAAACAAAAAAUUAGCUAAUUUAAGUGCAGGACUCGAUUGUUGUUUCUUUUGACGCCAGAAGAAAUGAUGCAAAGUCGUUUGGACACCAACAAAAAGAUGAGAUAUUAAAGUAUCGAACGAGAUUUUGUCUUUUAAUAUCCAACACGAAGAAGUGAUGGGACAUUUUUAUUUGGAUAAGAAAAAAAAAGAUGACUUUAUAAUUUAAAUUCCUAUAUUAUUUAAGAAUGUAUAUAAACAUUUAAUAAUUUAUAAAGGAAAGAACUUUAGUAGCGCGGAAGGAGGAGAAGGGAGUGUAAUUGAUUUGUUGUGUAUUGAGUAAAAUUGAUUAGAAAAAAAAAAACAUAAUCGCGGGCAGAUUGUGCAAAUGGGUUACCUUAUUUGCACGUAAUGAAGCGUCUGAAGGAGAGCAUAGAGCCGCCAACAACGCGAAAAGCAAUCACGGCCGUAGCCAGGAGGAUGGCGUAGUUGGGCAACAGCGUAGCCCAGUAGAGUUCAUGACGGUUGAGGAGCGUGAGGCAUGAGACAAAGAGGUGACUCAGCACAACGUAAGCCAUGUGGAGACGCUUGUCAGUGUCCAGGGCAUUGAAGAAGAUGACACUCCAGAAAGUGUGCAGGAGAAUGGUGCAGAGGGUCUGAGCGGCACUGGUUAGGAAGAAUAUCUCAGAGCCACUCAGGAGACCCAUCGUCGCUGGACCAACCUGAAAGAGAUGAAUAGUUUUUUUUUGUUGUUGUAAUGUUCUUUACGGAAAAUCACCUUUUUUUCUUUCGCAGUUUUUUUUUUAUCAAAAGAAAAAUAAUCACUGUACAAAAUUAUUGAAUUUCUCGUAUGAAAUUUAUUAAAGGACUGUAUAAUUUUCGGAGGAA